AUGCGUCGCUCUAUACUUACUCUUGAGUUCGCCGGAAAUAUUAUCACUAUCAGAAAGAUUAUGAAAAUUGCAAUGAAGCCUUUAUGGAAGGCGUCUUUGAGCUUGCGGAAAGUGAAUGCGCGAACUUUCCACAAAAAUUCCAGGAGAUGA